ACAAAAUGGCCAACACAAUGAUCGUACUGGUAGUAUGUGUACUGUGGAUUCUUCGUUAUUCAGAUGCGUUUCCGGUUUGCUGUAAUAUCACAAGGACACAAGGGGAGAGUCACGUGAUUUGUUCGAGGUGUCGUCUGCUUGUUGUACCCAAGGAUUUACCGACAAACAUAACUGUGCUGAAUCUAGGUGACAACAAUCUGAACAUUCUACAGCGAGACUCGUUUCCAAAGCUACCGCUAUUAAAGAGCUUGUAUCUUCACAGGAACCGACUAGUUAGUAUCUUGUCGGGAACAUUCGACAACCUUCGGAAUAUUGAGUAUCUUGAUCUCUCACACAAUGCACUUGAUCAUUUCUCGUUGGAUUCCACCAUAUUUGAAAGUCUUAAAAAUCUAAAAACAUUAAGAAUACACAGAAACAAUUUUUAUUUGAACAAAGUGUACCCCGUGGCUAUUUCGACUAUAUCUCACCUUGAAAUUCUAUACCUAGAUAUUUUCGCAGGCUUUUCAUUUGAUGAUGGGUUUUUAAACCUGACUCGGCUUCAAAAGAUCUAUCUUUCUGCUACAGGGCCGGGGUUCGUGUCUUUAUUUAAUGCUUCAUUCCAAGGACUAAAGCAGUCAAAUAUAACAGAACUAAGUAUCACUGCAUUUAUCAAGAAUAUCGAAAAAAGUUUUCUAUCUCCAUUUCCCGAACUUACGGCAUUAAAAUUAGAAACUACUCAUCUGCCAAUGACUAUCCAUGAUGCUCUUCAGGGACUGUAUGGGAUUAAAGGAAGAAAAAUGGAUUCAUUGUUACUUAAAGGAUUCCGAGAACGAUUUCCUAAAGGUUCGACUCUGUUGGAAGCGGAUAUGGUUUACCUGGGAUCUAUAUGUGUCAAGAAUCUCUUCUUGGUAGAUGAUGGUAUUGCAGCCAUAGGGACUGAAGGUAUGACAGCCUGGACAACCAAAACUUGUAUUGAGGUAUUAGAUGUUUCGUGGAAUAUGUUCCACAUGCCAAACACGCUUCCUCUGUUGGUACUUUUUUCGUCGCUUACUCAUCUUUACGCUUCACACUCUGAUGCCAGUUCUGCCGGAAAGAGAAGCAUUUUGGCAUUGAGUGAACCGAUCUUUUUCCUCCCAAGGAAUCUUCUUUAUAUAAACAUUGCUCACAAUAAAAUGUCCGGACCGUUGAUCAAUAUGACCAUAGGAGGACAUAACAGCCUAAAGGUGUUGAAUAUAAGCCAUUCAAACCGGCAUCCACAUUGUUCUUAUGCAAUUAUCAAAGGUCUUGUCCAUUUGAAGGAGUUCGACAUGUCUGGUGUCGACUGUUCAUUAAUAAGUCAUAAUAUGUUCUCGGAGUUUCCUAAUCUAUCGCGACUCACUGCAAGACAGUGUGAUCUAAAAAAAGUCAUCGCUUUUAACAAAACUUCAAUAUUCAAGGGACUUUAUAAUCUUUCUUUCGUCGAUAUAUCCUCAAAUGAUCUUGAAAGUCUAAGUAUGAACUUAUUUGUAGAUCAGAGGGAAUCUCUCAACUAUUUAGAUCUUUCUAGAAAUUAUUUGGAUCGAAUUCCUACGCAGAUGCUAGCGAAUUUAACUGUGCUAGAAAGAAUUGAUAUGAGUAAUAAUCUUAUAUCGACUUUAAAGAAACCAGAUUAUACUCUACUGGAAGAACUGAAUACAAAAUUAGGCAAAAUACAAAUUUUGUUAUUAGGGAAUCCAUUAGUGUGCAACUGUGAAAAUUUGGACUUCAUUUCUUGGUUAGAAACAACACAGACUGUACUCAAAAAGCACGAUCUAAUGUGUUUAACUCCAGAGGGCAACCAAGUUAAGAUCGGGGAAUUCCUUGAUUCGUUUGAUCAGUUCAAGGACAAGUGUGUUUCUCAAACAUGGUUAAUCAUUUCCGUUACACUUACCGUGCUUUUCUUUGUGUUGGGUAUCCUAACUCGAGAGGCCUGGCGACGCACUGUGUGGUUACGAGUGAUGUGUCGUCAACCUUUAGAACAUACGACAUUUAUAAAUGACAUUUAUAUAUGUUAUUGCAGGGAAGAUUCUAGUUGGGUAAGGAACACAUUCGCCACCUGGUUAGAUGAGAAAGGAAUUAAAUAUUGUUGCGAGGAUAAAAGCUUUCAGCCUGGCCGAGACGUCGCUGAUAACAUUAUGGACGCUAUGGAUUGUUCACGUCAAACUGCAUUUGUUGUGAGCUGUUCUUUCUUAGAACAGGAAUGGACAACGUUUACUUUGAGAUUAACAAAUGAAUAUUCUUUUCGCGAUGGACGAGAGAACAUGAACAUAAUUAUUUUGUUAAACGAUAUAAAAAGGAGCGAGUUUCCAAAACUGGUACGGAAGAACUGGGAUAUGAUACGUCCUUUACGUUGGCCAGGCGUGAAUGAUGUCACUCCGGGAAAACGUAUUGCAGUUCAGGAUAAGUUUUGGGAAAGAUUGUUAAAACGUAUUCAACGCGGAAAAGACCACCCGAUGUCUUCACAUGAUUCAGAGUCCACCUUAUAAAAUAAGUGAAUAUAGAAAUAGGUGUUCAAUUUAAAGCUAUAUGCUAUACGAGUUCUUAAUAUAUAUAUAUGUAAUGUUAACGUUUUGAUCGAGAAUUCAAUGGUGUUGUUUAUAUACAUCAGAUGCUUUAUGAAAUGCCUAUAAUUUCAAAUGAUACCAUGAGUCAAGGUUUGUCGUUUAAACAUAAAUGUUCUAAGCGAUAUACUGUUCCACACGAAAGGUACCUCAAGAAUCCAAUCAUGUUUGACAUAUUUAUAUGAAGGAUUAUGCGAUAUUUCAUUGGAUAAUCUAAACUAGAUUAAACUUUUAGACAAUUGUGUGCCGUGUUCUCGAUUACAUAAGAAUGAUGGAGUGUUGACUACAAAAGCGGAAAUGUUUUUUUAUUGGUAUAUACAUGUACAAACCCCAUCAGUAAGUGGCAAUAACUUCAUCAAUGAAACUGUUUUAUCUACUGCACGGGUCGCAUUUCCUCAUUAUGUUUAUGACACUUUUAUGAUUUUAUGAAAUAUGAACUUUAAUUGUCUUGAUAAAAGUAUGGAUUGACAGCUUAUUUUUUACCUCACUAAUAUGAUAACAGAAGCAAGCUAUUUUAUUAAGGGUUGUAUUCUGUCUUCAGUUGAUACCGUUCUCAAAAACUGGCCUUACUGAUUUUUUAAACUAUAAAAUUUUAACUGUGACCACCAGAACUUUAUUUUAAUAAGAGGUACAGUAUUUUGCUUGCCAACGAGUAUGUCUAAGUUUCGAAGUUGUAGGAAUUUUGAACCAUAUACUUUUAACUUAGAUCCCUCCCGAGUUCUUUUCCACGUGUCUUAUAUUUCCGUUGACACAGCUUAUAUUUACUGGGCUCGUGAUUAUUUGAUUAGAUAAGUUGUGGAUGCCCAAAUACCUGUUAAAGAGCAUAAAUUGAUUAAUAAAUUAAUCGUUAAUCUUAAUAUUCUUACAAGAAAGCUAUAUUAAGAAACAAGGUAACUGCAUGAGAACAGCUGCCAACUGGGAAGCCUAUUAAAGACAAAGCCUAUAAAAGACAAAGCCAUUUUGUGGGACAACUCGAGAGGCUUUAUGUCCAAGAGCGAUGUGGUGAGGUUCCAGCCUCUAAGGAUUUCUGCCCUACUGUUAAGCCAUUUUAUCCAUAAAUUUUUUUAAUGACAAGAACAUUAUUUUAGAAGAGAAUGAAAACAUUUGAUCUACGCAUGUGGGUUAAUGUUGCAUAUAUAAUUAAAAAGAACUAAAAUGUUUUUUAAUAAAUGCAUUAUUUGAUAA